AUGGCAGCAAAUGGCAAUGUUACAGUUUUUCCGAAGGAUCAAGCAUUCACGAACAUCAGUCGCAAUGAUUUCCCUUCGGAUUUCGUUUUUGGGACUUCAACUUCUGCUUACCAGGUCGAAGGAGCCGCGGCCGAAGGAGGCAGAGGCCCUAGUGUUUGGGAUACUCACACCCUUGGGACUCCUGGUAAAAUUGGUGAUGGAUCCAAUGGAAAUGUUGCUGCUGACAUGUAUCACAGAUAUGAGGAUGAUUUUAGGACGAUGAAAAGCAUGGGUUUGGAUGCCUAUAGAUUUUCGAUUUCAUGGUCAAGAGUCUUGCCUCAGGGAAAAAUUAACCUUGGAGUUAACCAGGAAGGAAUUGACUUCUACAAUAAAAUGAUAGACUCCCUUAUCGACAAAGGUAUUGAACCAUUCGCUACUUUGUCUCACUUCGAUCUCCCGGAUUAUUUGCAAAAAGAGUAUGGUGGUCUUUUGAGUGAAAACUUUGUGAAGGAUUUUUACGACUACGCCGAAUUUUGCUUUUGGCAUUUCGGAGAUCGGAUCAAGAAAUGGGCCACUUUUAAUGAACCAUAUAUCAGCUGUUACUACGGAUAUGUUAACGGGCUUAUGCCGCCUAGUCUUGUGCAACCUAUUAUAGAAGAUGGCGGCGACGGUGAACCUGAAAUCAAUAUCAACUUAUUUUACAGAGGUGUUCCUGCCAAAGGUUUAGCUCAAAACCGCAAAGCCACGGCCUCGCCACAAGAUGUGUUCAUUGCGGCGAAACACAUCCUCCUUGCUCAUGGGAAGGCAGCUGAAUGUUACAGAGCCAAAUUUCAGAAACACCAACAAGGUGAGGUUGGAAUUGUAGUUAAUGGUCCAUGGAAUGAACCUUAUUCUGAUAAACCAGAAGACAUAGAAGCUUCCAAGAGAGCACAAGACUUCCAAAUAGGAUGGUUUGUUGAGCCAUUGUUGGGAGGUCAAUACCCAAAAAGGAUGCUAGAAAAUAUUUCUCCUCAAUAUCUUGAACCAUUUAAUGAAGAAGAAUCGAAGCUGCUCAAAGGCUCCCUCGACUUUUUGGGGGUAAACUAUUACUCAUCCACCUAUGCAGCUGACAAUCCAAACCCUAGUGGUGUACCUCAGUGGGAUUAUGAUCAGAAAAUCAAAUCAUCAACUGAAAAAGAUGGAUGGCCAAUAGGUCCAGUGAUUGAGGGUCCAUUGCCGCUUUACAUAGUUCCAUGGGGAAUUCGCAAGUUGUUGAAUUACUUUAACGAUACGUACAACAAUACCACGUACAACCUCCCUGCUAUAUACAUAACCGAAAAUGGAGCGUUUGAAAAGAACGACUACAAGCUCACUGCAAAGGAGGCAAAAAAGGAUCCAAUCCGGGAGAAGUAUCUCCGCGAUCAUAUUGGAAAUCUUCUGGAAGCCACAAAAGAUGGUGUCAACGUAAAGGGAUACUUCGUAUGGGCUUGGUGUGACAAUUUCGAAUGGUUCAACGGAUACCUUGUGAGAUAUGGCCUCAUGUACAUCGACUUUAUGAAUUAUCUGAAUCGGCACCCAAAACAGUCAGCCAUAUGGCUAACCAAAUUCUUGGCGAAAAGUGAAAAUGAGAAAUAA